GCCGGUGAUAAUGGCCGGCCUUGGAGUCGCGAGUCAGGCAGUCGGUCGUGCAUUUCGUCUGGUGACUGUAAUGACGAUAAUGAUUGACUGAGUGCUGAUGGCUGAUCACUACGGACGGGUCAAUGGGCAGAGGCAGAAGCUCCGGGAGACAGAGCGAGCGAGAGAAAGGAGAGGGUUUUAGGGCUUUUGUUGUGGUCACUUUGUAUAAUAGAGAUCGGAGCGACUUUCUCCUGUGGCCGAACGUAAGAACACGCUCGUGCUCUCCACUUGGGCUCGUCUGUCGCUACUACCACUCUUCAAUUUCUCCUCUCUUCUUUUAAAUUUUGGACCGGACCGGAGCUGAUCGCAAAACCUGGGAGCUGUCUGUGCGCGCCGGGCUAGAUCAAAGGGAAGCGCAGAUAACUUGCUGCUGUUGCUGCUAAUCGGGGGAUUGGUCAAAGAUAGACAAGGACUCGGAUGAUCGAGGAUUGAUGCUGCUGUAGUUGUUGGGCAUUUGAAUUUUACAAUUUUGAGGUGCGAGGGGAUAGGUUGGCGGAGUACAGAGGAGCGGGAGCUCGUGUAUCGAACGGGACGACGAUGGAUGAGUGAUUGAGCUACGAAAGAUGCUGGAGGAGGAGUACAAGAAGCUGUUUUUGAGGAGAUCGGCAUAUUAAGGCAGUUCUUAGAUCGCCUUACCACGAGGAGAACCAAAUUGACCUUCGGAAGUUGGGAGUUCCCUAAACUCCCAGGAUACUGCUCUUACCGUGCGGGUCAUCAUUCCUUACUGUUUCUUAGAAGAUAAUGGGGAGGGAGGGGGAAUGGACUGCCGCUCCGCCUCGUCCCGGUGGGGUAUUACCCCCUCAAAGUAGCGCAGGAUUCCCAGGUGUACCGACUCAAAAUUCUGCACCUGCUCACCCACCAGGAAUGAUACAAGGAACGCCUGGACCUUGGGGACCUCCAAGUCGGAAUGUGGGCAUGCCUCAAGGAGUACCUGGCAACCCUCCUUUGGGACAACAUGGACAGUCUAUGCAACCCGGCCCUGUUCCUGGAUCACUUCCUGCAGGUCCUCCGGCAAGAGCUCCUUUUCCCGGAGGUCCCCCUGGCGGACCACCUCCUGGUGUACGUCCUCCUUUUCUAUCUUCUUCUAAUGCACCUGUUGCUGGUCCUGGACAGAGUCCCAUGGGUAGUGGUUAUGGACCUCCGCAGCAACCUGGAAUGUUUGCGAACAACGCAAUGAGAGGACCUCCCACAGGACCCCCUGGAGUAUCACCAGGCCCAGGAGGAGCUCCUGGAGUAGGCACGACUCAACCUCCUUCAAACCUUAAUUUUCCAGGAAGGCCAGGACCUCAACAGAUGUCAAAUCCUGCAGGCAGCCAACCUCAAAGGCCGAGCUCGCAACCUCAACCGGCAUCAAUGGGACCUCCUCAGCAGAGACCACAAGGGUCCCCUUUUGCAGGCGCCCCAGGGCAGGGUCCCCCAACCGCAGCAUACUCAGCAACUGCUGGAGUAUCCAGACCUGCAGGACAGCCAGUUGGUCCAUUCCCUCCAAACUCAGCUUCUGUACCUCCGUAUGGACCACCUCAACCUCCAACAGCUCAAUUUCAAAAUCUGUCAUUUCAGAAUCAAAAUCAAGGAACUGGAGGUGGUGGCCCUCCAACCAACUUUGCCCCUCCUAUGCAGGGUGGUGUACAAACAUCUGCUCCACCAUCUUGGGGCCAUGGACCUCCACGUCGAGUUUAUCCAGAAUUUGGUGGACCACCCACGGGUCCUCCACAAUCUCAGCCAGGUCCUCCACAGUCGUUUUCACAAACACCCUCACAUCUUCCUCCCAACAUGGGACACAUCCCAGGAGUAUCGGACAAGUACGGUUCCACCAUUGCAGGGAUGUCUCAGCCUGGCUCACCUGCCGCAUCAGCUGCAGCUCCUCCUUCAGGGACAUCUCGAAUUGAUCCGAAUCAGAUUCCACGACCACAACCAAAUGCUUCUCAUGUGGUUUUUGCAACACGUGUGAAUGGCCAAGCCAACCUGCCUCCGUCUGCGACAAGUGUUUUCGUUGUGAAAGACACUGGCAACUGCAGCCCUCGCCUGAUGCGUUGUACUUUAAAUCAGAUUCCCUGCUCCGGGGACUUGCUGAACACGUCAGGCAUGCCCUUGGCUAUAAUGGUGCAACCGUUUGCACUGCCGCAUCCGUCUGAGGAGCCCAUACAGAUUGUAGAUUUUGGAGAAAGUGGACCCGUGCGAUGCUCACGGUGUAAAGGUUAUAUCAAUCCUUUCAUGAAGUUUAUUGACCAGGGGCGAAGAUUUACCUGCAACCUGUGUGGAUUUACAAACGAAACACCUCGUGACUACCACUGUAAUCUGGGACCAGAUGGGCGACGGCGUGAUGCUGACCAGCGCCCAGAGCUUUCCCGAGGCACUGUGGAGUUCGUUGCCUCUCCAGAAUACUUGGUCAGGCCACCGAUGCCAGCAGUCUUCUUUUUCUUGAUAGACGUAUCGAUGAACGCUGUUCAAACUGGGGCUGUGGCUGCUGCAUGUAGUGCGAUAAAUCGAGCCCUCUCAGAUCUUCCUGAAGGUUCUAAUACUUUGGUUGGGAUCGCAACUUUUGAUUCCACUAUACAUUACUACAGUCUCAACAAGAAGCUUCAACAGCCGGCCAUGCUUGUCGUUCCUGAUAUUCAAGAUCCUUAUACACCCUUACAAACGGAUCUUAUUGUGCCACUUUCAGAGGGAAGGGAUCAUCUGGAGCAGAUACUGGAGGGUAUACCCAGCAUGUUUCAAAACAACCGGAUUCCAGAAUCUGCUUUCGGUGCCGCCGUUAAGGGUGCGUAUUUAGCCAUGAAGUCAACGGGUGGCAAACUGAUGGUAUUCCAGUCGGUGUUGCCUUCGAUUGGAUUGGGUGCUUUAACACCAAGAGAGAGCGAAGGGCGGGUAUCCGGUGAGAAGGAAGCUCUGAAGUUACUUCAACCUGCAGACAAGUUGUUGAAGACGAUGGCCAUUGAAUUAGCUGAAUUCCAGGUCUGCGUGGAUCUGUUCUUGACGGCUCAAAUGUAUGUUGAUAUUGCUUCACUGUCAGUGGUUCCUCGGACUACAGGCGGUCAGGUCUACUUCUACCAGCCAUUUUAUGCAGGUGCAGAUUCUGCAAAGCUGUAUAAUGAUCUGCGCUGGAAUGUCACUCGACCACAGGGUUUGGAAGCUGUGAUGAGAGUUCGAUGCAGUCAGGGCCUACAAGUGCAGGAGUACUAUGGCAACUUCUGUAAGCGAAUUCCAACGGAUGUUGAUCUCCCAGCGAUUGAUAGUGACAAGACGAUUAUGGUAACAUUCAAGCAUGAUGAUAAGUUCCAAGAUGGAUCAGAAUGCUGCUUCCAGUGUGCGUUGCUGUACACAACCGUGACUGGACAACGGCGGAUUCGAGUCAUCACUUUGUCCUUAUCGUGCACAUCAGUUCUCAGUAAUCUUUUCCGAGGAGCUGACUUGGAUGCCCAGUUUACCUACUUUUUGAAGACCUCUGCGCAAGAGAUCCCAAAUGUACCUUUGACGCAAGUGAGAGACCAGAUGACAGCUCAGUGUGUGAAUAUCUUGUACACCUAUCGGAAGUUUUGUGCCACCGCAUCAUCUUCUGGACAGUUGAUCCUACCAGAGGCUCUGAAGUUGUUGCCCUUAUAUACACUUGCGCUUACGAAAAGCAUUGGGCUGCGUGCUGAUACCCGCGUUGACACACGCGUGGAUGACCGAGCCUACUGGUUUACACGAGUGGCAUCUCUUGCAGCACCCCUCUCAAUCCCACUGGUUUAUCCUCGAAUGUUUGCCAUUCAUACCCUGCCACCAAGGGAAUCACUAGCUGAAGGAGAAUUACCUCCCGUGGUGCCAUUGUCGAGUGAAAAUCUAGAUCACGAUGGUGUCUUUCUCCUUGAAACCGGAGAAGAUGCCUUCCUGUAUGUCGGAAAGCAAGCCUCAGUUGAGCUUCUGGAACAACUUUUUGGCGUCCACUCUGUUGAUGAAGUUGUCCCUGGACAGUUUAUGCUACAAGAGUUCGACAACCCGGCCUCUAAAAGACUUAAUGAAAUAGUCAAUGAGAUUCGUCGCCAACGGUGCUCGUACAUGCGGUUGCGGCUUUUAAGAAGAGGUGAUCCAUUAGAAUUUCUUUUCUUCGCAUUUUUGGUGGAGGAUAAAUCGUCAUCGGGUUUGUCCUACGUCGAGUUUCUGGUUCAUGUACAUCGGCAGAUUCAAAACAAAAUGACCUGAUUCACUUGAACCAGUGCGUUUUGUCAGUAAGGUACGAUCAGGUCUGUCCUGAGAUUGUGAUCGGUUGUUUUCUAAUAGCCGAUCGAAAGGCAGACCAUGAAAGAAGAGUGGACGGGUUGGGAGGUGAGGGCCACAGUGCGGAGAGUUAGUGGCCCUAGUGAUUGCAGGACUCUUUCACAUACAUAGAUACACGAAACUGAAGUUUCGUCCACACAUUAAUAAUUUAGAUCAGCAUAUCUAUACACUCGGAGGAAAAGAGUCGGUCUUUGCUUUUAAAACUAGAAGACCUUGCUGAGUAUCUCCGUGAAAAGCACAAGAGUUCAUCAGUUGCCCCAUCACUGGGCUGCACAAAGGCAGUUGGGCGACGUCAAAGAUGGCUGGCACCUCACCUCACCUCCGAGAUGACUUGAAGGUCUUGAUUUUUCUGAUCAUCUCCCUAGCUUUUAGUUCAGAUUUUUCUACAAACAACAGAGUGAAGCUAGAGACUACUAGUUGAUGUCAUCGGACUAAGUAUGGUAAUCCCUCUGUAGAUGUAGAGUGAGUGCCCAUAAUUGUUCUCUCAUCCUUGAUUUCGAAGAGAAAGUGAUUUUUUAAAGGUUUGCCUGAUCUACG